UAUUUUUAGUUAUAGAAUUUUGCCCUAUUUUGUUUUAAGCUGUACGCUUUAUACUGAAUAUUUUUGUUGUUAUUAAUUCAAACGUAUUUAUUUAAAAACAUUCACUAUGAGUUAUAUGUUGGGACAUUUGCAUAAUGGCUGGCAAGUCGAUCAAGCCAUUCUUUCGGAAGAAGAUCGUGUUGUGGUGAUACGGUUUGGUCAUGACUGGGACCCAACCUGCAUGAAAAUGGAUGAAGUGUUAUACAGUAUUGCAGAAAAAGUAAAGAAUUUCGCUGUAAUUUACCUUGUAGACAUCACAGAAGUCCCUGAUUUCAAUAAAAUGUACGAAUUGUACGACCCCUGCACAGUGAUGUUUUUCUUCAGAAACAAACACAUAAUGAUUGAUCUUGGAACGGGUAAUAAUAACAAAAUCAAUUGGACAUUAGAAGAUAAGCAAGAAAUGAUAGAUAUUAUAGAGACAGUAUACAGAGGGGCCAGGAAAGGCCGUGGUUUAGUAGUCUCACCAAAGGACUAUUCAACUAAAUAUAGAUAUUGAGAAUUUAUUGUAUUUAUUUUGGAUUAUAUCUUUGACUUUCCAAUGUUUGGAUGUGAAUGGUGACUUUUGAUCUAAGAUAUGUGUCAAAAGAAAUUGAGACCGGUCUUUAUAAAAUUUGUUUCAAGACUUCAUAAAGAAUAUGGAAACAA